AUGAGAAGUUUCGUUAACCAGUUGCCGGGAAGGUAUGACACAUGUUAACUGUAUACGUUAGAGUUUCAGAUUAGGUAGUAUAUUCUACAAUAAGCUGCAGGGUUUGGUAUCUGAACUACCUGAAAAACUUUGAAAAUGAUUGAAAAGACUUAUAGAGAAUGAUGAUUGUCUGUCUAGACGAACUUUGAAAAGAAAAAUAGUUCAUUUGAUAAUUCUUGUGUGGAUAAGUGUAGUUGUUCUUAAUGGAUGAUCAGGACCAGUUCAAACGUCGCGCUUAUUAUGUUCUGAACCAAGUGUUUGGAUUAUGAUAAGCGCGACGUUUAAUGAUUUUAGGUUUGACACCAAUGUUAAGACUUAUUAAGUUCGGCAAAGACAUUCGCGCUUAAUAUAUUUAGUUCGCGAUAUCAAUUCAAACGUCGAAUUUAGCAUGUGUCCAAUGUAACGUAGAUGACCGUGAAAAGCUCCAUCCUAAACAAUUUUACCCCAUGCAUAAAUUUCGUCUCAAUUAAGUUCGAAGUUUGAAUUGAAUCAAUCUUCCAAUUAUGCCGAACUUAAUGCUUAUUAGGUUCGGCCACAUGACAAGCGCGACGUUUGAACUAGGCCUCAGUCGGUCUGCGCCAUUUGAUGAUCUAUCAGGAAUAUGUCAGGCUUGAUUUGUUCCUAUAGACUACCACUAGUAUAAAUCGUGCUAGUUUGUCAGGAUAGCGAAGUAUUCUGACGACCUAACACGAUCUGAAGUGAGCAAUAGGUAAACAUAUAUUGCUGCUCUUUAUAGGAAAGUUGUGCUCGUUGCUGCGCAAGACGAACCGUCAUUGAAAAUGACAAAUGCAGAUUAUUCCAUUUUUGAUAAACUUGGCGGACAAACUGUCAUAUUGAAAGACCGUUUUCGUUCUUCGUAUGCUUUAGUUGGUUAUACUGGACCUGGGCGACCGCCUUGGAUUAAACAAGUAUGUAGUCACAUAAGCAAUCGUGUGAUGUAGAUUUGUAUAAUAUGAUAUGGUAUGGUGUGGUGUGGUGUGGUGUGGUGUGGUAUGGUAUGGUAUGGUAUGAUAUGCCCUUGGUUUGGUAUGCCCUUGGUUUAGUAUGCCCUUGGUAUGGUAUGACAUGGCACAUAAUAUGUGGUGUAGUGUGGCUUGGUAUGGUAUUGAAUUGUGUUAUGUAGUCCCAUAUGGUAUGGUAUAGAUGGUCCCAUAUGGUAUGGUAUAGAUGUAUAUUAUAUAAUACCUUAUUGAAUUCUGAUCGUUUAAUUGGCUGUUUAUGGUCACGUGAUAUUGAAUAGAAAAUUCCAUUUCCCAAGAGUGCAAUGGAAUACGUUCCAUUGCACUCUUGCGAGUGCAAUUGUACUAUACGUUUUAUUCCAUUGCACUCUUUGUGUUUUCGAUAAAUCGCAUCCGUCAAAAUGCUUCUCAUACGAAUCUAUUAGUCUAUUUUGGUAUUAUAUAAAACAAAUAAUGAAUGUUUCUUCGUGCAAUGGUAAGAAUAUUUUCAUUCGGUGAAAGAUAGAAUGUUCCAUUCAACUCGGCUGUCGCCUCGUUGAAUGGAACAUUCCAUCUUUCACCUCAUGAAAAUAUUCUUACCAUUGCACUCAUAAACAUUCAUUAUUUGUAUAUAAUAUUGUAUGGCAUAGUAUGUAUAUAAUAUUGUGUGGUAUAGUAUGUAUAAUAUUAUGUGGUAUAGUAGGCCUAUGUAUAAUAUUGUGUGGUAUAGUAUGUAUAAUAUUGCGUGGUGAUAUUGUGAACAGACGUAUUAUGUAUGGUAUAGUAAAUUAGAUGUAGUAAAUUAGGUUUUGGUGUUGUAUGCUAAGAUUUAGGUAAUAUGGUAAAACUGUGUUUAUAGGAACAGCGAGACAGAUAUAAAGGACCAAGCAAGAUCUCCACUGAAAUUCCGUUUGGAGGUUUAGUAUGCGUUUUUCUUUUACUAUUUUCUUUCAAAUUUAAUUUCCUUAUUUCCAAACUAGUUUUAUCAUGUAUAUAAAAUUUUAACAUGUGAAUAUGAAAUAAAUCCACCAAACGAUUAUACAUAAUAAAAAUAUUUCUAUCUGUGAUUUUAAACUUUCUUUCCAGAGUUUCCAAACAUUGAAGUGAUAAGUGAAGGGUGUAGUGACUUGAUAAGAUCAGAAGGCUGUGGUCUGGCGCAUAUCUAUAUUGAUGGAGAUCAGAAAGCACCUCAGAAACGUGGGCAUAACUUUGUGGUCAUUAAUGCUCUGACAGGUAGGAUGAUGACAAAACUUUAGUGUAAAUUAUAAUUCCUUUUUUGUUAAGUGUAUUUGCUGCAUGCAGUAUUCAGUCGUAUGUGGAAAGAGUGGUAUGUAAACGAAUUUUUGCUUCCAUUUUUUUUUCCAAACACCACAACUUUUUCAGGUUUUGUCUGUGGUAACACUAAUCGAUUAGGGUAUGUCCCUGACUGGUCAUAAUGAUAGGACAACAGUUUAGAGUUAAUAUAAGUUCCAUUAGAUAGGUACUUUAGUUACGUUUAAAAACAGCCACAUCUGAAAAAGUGUUUGAUUCUGCCACGUAUUCCGGUUUCCUUCAGUAGUAAAAUUGGAUAAUUAAAGGAUGGACCCUACCGGACUUCUAGGGAGAACAAAUUAAAACUGAGUGAUAGAGCUAAAGUAUAAAUAUAGGUAGGAUCUACCAAAUAUCGCAAGUCUUCUUUGAAGCAUUAAAGAAAGCCUUAGAGAUUUGUCCCUUAUUGAACUUGUGUAAAUUUAUUUGUUUGCGAUUCAGGCAAGUUUGAAGGGGCACAAGUAUUUGAUACUAAUGGAGACAGUGGAGCCAGUGGCAAGAUAACUAACUUUAUCAACACAAUUCCAAAUGGGUAUGUAAUAUACUUUUUCCAAUGAUGCCUUUAGGUAGCGAUAUUACCUGAAUAAUACUAGAAAAUACAUGCAUGCAGAAACCCUCGCCUUGCUGAAUUCCAAACAUGAAGUAUUGUCAUGGUAACACGAUAAUUUUAAGAAUAGUUUUAAAAUUGAAAAAUCCCCCCCAAAUAUCACUUUUAAUUACAAAAUGAUCAAUUUCCAUGCAAACAUAUACAUGCCAGGCAUGUUAUUAUUUCAGACGGUUUUUGGCUCUCAAAAAGGUUUUGAAAUUUGAAAAAUCUUGCAAAACCCGAGGCAAAAACACAAUAUAUUUGCUGAUUUGCAAGAAAUGUUUGUUAUUUCGCUGUCGUCAUUUGUUAUACAACAACAAAUUUUAAAUUUGACCAAUCAGUGUUCGCUAUUCAUGACAAUCCGCCCCAUAUUUUGAGAUCAGUGAGGAUGACCACCCACUCAACAUCGUUGGUCACCCACGUCCGCGAUCAUUUAUGAACUUUAGACUUCGCUAAUGCUUUCGUUUCCCUGGGUGUAAAUAGCCGGGCUGAAUUAGUACCCUCGCCCCGGGCUUACGCCCGGACAGCGCUCCGCGCCGUUGGCUCGGGGAUAAAUGGCCCUUCGUCGCGUAGUUAGUAGGCCUUCACUCGAAACGUCUAAAUUCCGGAUAUAUUUUUCAGGUAGUUGUAUCCCUUAAAAAGAUUGCUGCCUGAAUAUGCUUUUUUAUAGUAAUAUGUAGUAUAGAAACAAAUUUAUAGUAGUAUAGAAACAAAUUUAUAGUAGUAUAGAAACAAAUUUAUAGUACUAUAGAAACAAAUUUAUAGUACUAUAGAAACAAAUUUAUAGUAGUAUAGAAACAAAUUUAUAGUAGUAUAGAAACAAAUUUAUAGUAGUAUAGAAACAAAUUUAUAGUACUAUAGAAACAAAUUUAUAGUACUAUAGAAACAAAUUUAUAGUAGUAUAGAAACAAAUUUAUAGUAGUAUAGAAACAAAUUUAUAGUAGUAUAGAAACAAAUUUAUAGUACUAUAGAAACAAAUUUAUAGUACUAUAGAAACAAAUUUAUAGUAGUAUAGAAACAAAUUUAUAGUAGUAUAGAAACAAAUUUAUAGUAGUAUAGAAACAAAUUUAUAGUACUAUAGAAACAAAUUUAUAGUACUAUAGAAACAAAUUUAUAGUAGUAUAGAAACAAAUUUAUAGUAGUAUAGAAACAAAUUUAUAGUAGUAUAGAAACAAAUUUAUAGUACUAUAGAAACAAAUUUAUAGUACUAUAGAAACAAAUUUAUAGUAGUAUAGAAACAAAUUUAUAGUAGUAUAGAAACAAAUUUAUAGUAGUAUAGAAACAAAUUUAUAGUACUAUAGAAACAAAUUUAUAGUACUAUAGAAACAAAUUUAUAGUACUAUAGAAACAAAUUAAAUUGCCACAUAAACUAAACAUCUAAAAUUUCGUAUGAAGUCGUGUUGUUGUUGUGGCCGUGCAAGAUAAUGGCGCCAGAACGAUUGGUAAUGCUUUGGGGGAGCUGAAAAAGAUUGGAGCACGAGAACCUAUCAUCAGUGAGGAUCGCUCUUCCUUUGCUCUGAUUGGCUACAAAGGAGCAGAAACACCGAAAUGGAUUACGCAAGUAAAUUGUUCUUUUCUUUACGGUAUAGUCCUCUUGAGAAAAAAUUGUUAGAGCAUAAUUAACAUAAUUAAAUAGAAGGUGUGGAAAUUAGAGAUUGCUCUAACUGGACCUCUUAUGAAGAACAGACAGAACUAUCCUGUAUAUCUGAUAGAGCGUUCCAGAAUAAAAUAUGAAAAAUGCUUUGUUUCUUUUCAUGACUAGAGUCAAAAGAAAAGUAAGCAAGGACCUUCAUUUGCGAGUGCCUUUGUUCCCUUUGGACCUUCCGCGACAGGUUUGAAACGUAUUUUUACUACGUUAUCUAGUGAGACACCAGCCUAGACCUAAGACCUUUACUCAGAUUUUAGCAGGUUUGGUCAAUUUUGAGCUAGCAUUUGGUGAGUAUGACGUCAGAUACAAGAUAAAUGCAAGCACGUUGAUCCUAGGUCUAGGCUGAUGAGACGCAUGGCACAUGUGGCUGACGUCAUUAUCCAAUUGCGAUGACCUAAAUUUUUCCGAAAAAUGAAAUUAAAGCAAAUUUGUUUCUUGCAAGAUGAAAGCCAAAAACAUUUGUUAUUUAUAUUUUAAAACUUUUUAAUAUUUUAUUUCCUUUGAUUAAAAUAUUUUUAAUCUUUCAUUCUGCAGUGGGUGAAUAUAUUGUAACAACGCAUACUGGCAAUGUCAAAGAUGCAAGUACCAAUGCAAAAGUGUAUAUCAAAUUUACUGGUGCUAAUGGUGACUCAAGGGAAGUUGAACUGUCUAAAGCUGGUUCAGUUCCAUUUCAGCAAGGAGGGUAUGGCUGUAUUUCUUUCUAUAGGUGAUAAAGUAUGAUAUUGUAUCACUGUAGUGUAUCACUGUGGAAUGGUGUAGCGCUGGUAUGGUGUAGUAUGGAAUGGUAUAAUAUAUGGUAUGGUAUACUAUGGUAUACUAUGGUGUGUUAUGAUAUGGUAUACUAUGAUUCCAUGUGGUAAAAUAUUACAGUGCGAUGACAUUGUGAUAAAACAUUGUGUGCAAUGAUUUCAUAGGUGACAAAUUUCAACAUUGUUAUUUCAGAACUGAUGCAUUCCGUAUUCAUGUUGGUGAAAUUGGUGACAUCCGUUCCUUACGAAUACGUCAAGAUAAUUCUAAAGUCAAUCCAAGUUGGUUCUUGGCUGCAGUAAGUAACAAGCUUAAUACUUUACGUUUGUCUGCUAUUUUCUAUUGAAACUUAUAUACACAAACGAUUUCUUUUUCCAUAGUUAUCUGUGAAAGAUGUAAGAGUUGGCAAGACUUACAUGUACCUAGUUGAGCAAUGGCUUCAAGAUGGAAAUAAUAAUGGUGGAAAACAGGCCGUAUCUACCUUGGCUGUUACUUUGAAUCAACGUAAGUACAUUCUUGAGAAGCUGUUUUCCAUUUAGUCGUUACGGUUGCGACACUACUAUUUUUAUUAAAAGUCAAAUCUGAACCUCUCCAAUGUACACGCAGUGGCAUAAGUCCUCUGGAUUCCAAGUUUAAUUAAUUUAAAUUAAUUAAUUAAGGCCUUGAGCAAGGACAAUCUUGUUUCCAGACUCUUCCCUCAGCAAGGAUGACAAAAUGGCGAAGUUGCAGUACUUCAGGAAAUGCCCUUUAGCACAAAGUCACGUCACUGAUUGUUGUUGGUAUAAUAGAUUGUCUAUAUAACUUAGUAAAUGAGAAAAUGUUGAUUUGCAUACACAACACAAAAAAAUGACUUGAUUCAAGCUAUUUCACAUCGUCCAACAAGACUUUGUCGACUCUGCCAAGCAGCGAAAGUUUUCUCUCAUGGGUUUCUCCCAUGCAUGGAGAAGGUUUCCUUCUGUAGUAAAAAGCAAUGGUCAUCACUGGACCCUUGGGAAGAACAGUUUGGACAAAACUAUUAGAGCUAUCCAGCGGCAGUGUGAAUAAAAUUAUUUGUGAGGGAUGAACCAAGCGGGGAUCUUUAUCAAUGCCAGGCAUAAUAUAUGUGAAGUGCACGACAUGAAAUUUUUGAAAAUUUAGUUAUGAACCAGCGUUUUGUUUUUUACUCAGACAUCUUCAUAUAGUUAGUGAAUUAAGCUAUAAAAUUAUUAAGGUAUAUGCUAUAAGACUAUAAUAUAUCCUCUCGCCUUACGCACCUCGUCGGCUAUCAACUCAUAUAUACGACUCGAGCUCAUGAUAUAAUUGUUAAAUAUCGUAACUUGGUACAAUUAUUACUUUUCAAAAAAUUAUGUAAAAUUUCCCGCUGAAUUACAUAUUUUUUGCCCGGUGAAAUUGCCCAACAAAACUGAAAUAUUAGAACAUCGGGGGGGGGGGGGUUGCACCCCCAUACCCCCCAGGUGUUACGCCCCUGUAAAUAUCCUAAUUCCUUACUCUGAAGAUGUCUUGAGUGAACGAAACUUAAGUUUAUAAAUACAGUAUAUCUUUUAAAUUUCAUUUUGUGCUGGCUCCUUUACGUAUAUUAUGCUGGGCAUUGAAAUUUAUCAUAUGAUUAACGUUACUUCACAUGAUGAACGUGCGUUUUAGUCUAUUGAACAUGGCGCAACAAAUUUUAGGUGUAUCUUUACCAAAUUUUUAGUGAAGAAAGCCAAUAAAAUGCUGAUUUCGAAAAUCUUCAUUUGCUGAGUGUUCUGAUUAAACAUGUCCAGUAUUGGCUGACUAAAGAAAUACAUAAGUAUCCCAUAAAAAAAUCAAAAUAUAUUUAUAGUUUACCUCAACGUUUGUCUACAUAUAUCGAUUUGAAUCUUCAUAGGUACGGUAAAAAAACCGUGUGCGGAAAAUUUCUCUUCUUCAACGGUUUUUCUGAUAUGACCUUUUCUUUGACAACUUCGUGAAUUAUCAGUGACAAAUCCAAGAAUCAGGGCAUAUCAGAAAGACCACUAAAGAAGAGAAAUUUUCCGCACACGUUUUUUUUACCAUGCCUAUGAAGAUUUGAACUGCGAUAUCUAGACAACCGUUGAGGUAAAUUAUAAGCAUAUUUUGAUUUUUUUAUGAAGGUACCUACAUAUUUACUCAGUCAGCCAAUACUGAAAAUGUUUAAACAGAACACCCAUCAAAUGAAAAUUUUCGAAAUCAGCAUUUUCCUGGCUUUCUUCACUGAAAAUUUGGUAAAGUUACACCUAAAAUUCGUUGAGCAAUGUCCAAUGGACUAAAACGCACGUUCAUCGUGUGAAGUAACCUUAAAUAUUAGAUUAAACAUCUUCUUCAAGCAGAAAACGGAGGUUACAGCCAUACUAAAAUUCUAUUUGUUUUCUUCCAGCCUCAUCUUUGUUGAGCAAUGAGAUUCAACACAAUUUGAACAAGUGGUGCGUCACAAACAUAAAAAAUGCAGGCAGCAACUUGAUCGCUCUUUUCGACCGAGGAAAGAAAGUCUCAAAAUUCAAAUGGCGAUGUUAUUCUCCCGAUGCAUUAGUUGCGGAACAAACAGCGUACGAUACGGCGAAGAAAAAUCCCAAUUACUACACGCGCCAGGCACUUGCCAAAGUUUACUUGACAGGUACAGUACUGUAUGCAUGGUUUAACAUAUUCAUGAACCAGUUAACAAUUAAGCCGGUCUCAGAACAGCAAGUUUUCUUUGAUAAUUUGUGUGUGGCAAGGUUUUUAUGCUUGUCUGUAUUAGUGGGGCGGAUAAGCGCACAAUUUUGCAAUAAUUGUGCAGUUAGUGAAGAAAGUACCUUAUUGACUGUAUGUGUAGACUUGACACAAGUAUGAAUAUCAGUUAUGGUGCAGGGCAUCUGUGAAAUUAACGCUCAUAGCUAAAACUUUUGAAUUUCUGACAUUUUAGUAUAAGUUUCUAUUACUGAUAGAAAUUUUAAAAUUCCAAGGUAGCUCUGUAUGGUUGAAACGUACACAAAAACUGUCUAUAGAACAUUAAAGUAGUUUUUGAUUUGCCAAGUCGUUUUUAAGUUAAUCAGUUGUUUUGAAAUUGCACACAAUAGAUAAAAAGUAGGUGCAAAGACUGGCACUAGCUUCAAAUCGCCUUUUUUAACAGGUUGCAGCUCAGGAAAUAUUUGGAAAAUCAAAAACUGCUUUAAUGUUCUACAGACAUUUUUUGCCUACUUUUCACCAUAGAACCUCUUUUUUGUGAAGUACUUUCGAGCAGUAACAGACAUUUAUAAUGAAAUGUCAGAAAUUCCAAAUUUUUGGCCAUUAGCGUUAAUCUCACAGAUGCCUCCAUAUCUGAUAUUCAUACUUGUGUCAAAGUCUACACAUCCUGUCAAUAUGGUGCUUUCUUCACAAAAUGCACAACACUUUCACUUAUCCGCCCCACUAUAUACAGGGUGCUAUUUACUCGAACUCAAAUUGUGUAAACCAGGGGGUGUUUCUUUUCCAACAAACUAAAAAUGACUUGCGAACGAAAUUUAAGAGCUUUAAUCGUAUUUUGAGCUAAUGGAUGGACUAUGUGUUGGGUUUUUAAUUGCUGUACAAAAUUUCAGACAAUUUGCUUUAGUAACUAUUCAUUUUUUCUUAAAAAAUCAGCCUUUCGCAUGCUUAAUUAACGCUUUUACCUAAUUAACUAAUUGCAAGGACUGGAUAUCGGCUAAAGUCCGAAUAUUAGGAUUUCGGAUAUCUCAAAUUCGCAAGUGAAUUAGUAUUUUAAGAGAAAUUUAAGUUCAAAGAUGAUGAAAUUAUAUGCUAAUCAAGAUCUAAUAUCCAAUGGACAAUUUGCAUGUUAGACUAAAUUUUAAUCUAAGUAAAGAGAAGGAAAUCAAACACCAUGACAGCUAAAAAGAACAUAAUGAAAAUAGUAAAAUUGCAAAAUUUGGUUGCAAAAUGUUGUAAAGUUUUGAAAAUAUAGUCUUGCAUAGUUUGCAAAUUUUGUAUAUUUGUUUGUAUAUUAUGUGCGGAAAUUGUUACCAUUUUCGGCUCAAAAAUGGUAAUAAUUUCUGCACGUAAUACAAACAUAUACAAAAUAUGCAAACUUCGCAAGGCUAUAUUUUCCAUAUUUUACAUUUCGUAACCAAAUUUUGCAAUUUUAUUAGUUUAAUAAGUUCUUUACGGGAAUUUACUUUUUUUGCCUAGAUCAAAAAUUAGUCUAACAUCAAUUUGUCUAUUGCCAUCACAGUUGUUACCGCUUAUCAAUUAUUCAUGAUUUAAGAUAGUAGAGCUAUCCAGUAUAUAUGUAAAGUUAAUUGCUAGUCUGACAGACAUUUUCUUAUUUUGAAAUACAGCAACCAAGGCUGAAGACCAAGCACUAAAAUCAAUUGAAGCAGAUAAAGGUGACAUUUACAGUAUUUUGGUUUCUGAAAGUAGUAUAUGACCUAACCCUCUUCUUUUUUCAUUCCUCUUCUUUAGCCGAACAUGGUGUCGUUGUGGAAUACUUCACAGACAUUCCUGGAUUAGAAGUGGCGAAGCUGACUAGCAAUCCAAAAUACCCAAAGGCUCCUGAUGAAGUGCAAAAACUACAAACGUUUGAAACACCACAGGACAAAGGCGAUCAUUACGGCGCGAGAUUACGUACUUAUUUUAUGGUACGUUGUGGGUGGACCUCUUAAUCAGAACGAUUUAGAACUGAUAGAGCUAUCCAGUUUAAAUACAGUCAGCUCAGUGUAACCUAGUUUAUAAAUUGAAUAUAUAAAUGUAAAAGCUAUGGACACUAAAAAUACAAAUGAAAUAAAUCAAUUAACAUCGACUGAAAUCUUACAACCCCAAACCCUAACCAUUUUAGAAAUAAGGUUUAGUCAAUAUUAAUUGAUUUCUUUCGUUUGCGCAUUUGGUGUUCUUAGGACUUGAAAUCAUAACCGAACGUUCUAAAAAACCUGUUACGCGUGUCACAGGCAGUGUUAUGCAUGGUUUGUUUAAAAUUUACUCACUAACGCUGUAUUACUUACACCUUCUAGCCACCGGCCUCUGGUAAAUACACAUUCUACAUCUCCAGUGAUGAUGACAGUCAACUAUUUAUUUCUAUGACAGACAGUGGAACUCCAGUUAAACUACUGGAAUUAUAUCAUAUGGCAACUGGUUACCAGCAGUGGGACAAGUAUGUCCUAAGUGAUGGAUAUAUUUUUACAACUUAAUAUAGAAUUUAUACAGCAGAUAUUUAUUCAGGGUUUUGCAACAGAUUUGGUUUCAAACUGUCGUCUUCAAAUUGAAAAACAACUUUGUUUACUAUCGUUCGUUGCCAUCUAACCUAGCUUGGCUUUCUCUUUUGCCGUAUGAACAUGUACACAAAAAAUUUUAUGCUUUAGCGAGGACAUUCAGAUUUUACUCAAGCCUGUUCCUCUGGCAGUUUGGCCUAUACAGUAUGAACACGCCCUUACUUUUUGUCAGUGGUUUUACAUUCCACUGAUGAAAAAUCUACAAUCAUUUUCAAAUGUGUUGGGACAGAUGCCGGAAACUCUACAGUUUUGAUUCAACCUAGGGAUUCAAUGUUCCGCCCAACGAACAACCUUACUCUGGUAUGCUAUAGUCUCUGGAUUAGGGAGACAGCAUUGAUUGGGAUGGUGGAGGAAAAUAUAAAUGUGUGUAAUAAGUUGCAUAGAUAGACUGGCGAUCUAAAACCGCAGGUGUUCCAACAACUUGUGAAAGUCAUUAUAUACUCUAGUGUUUUCGUAGUCAUUAUAUACUCUGUUCUAGUGUUUUCGUUGUUUUCUAGUGUUUUCGUUUUUUUAUAUACUCUAGUGUUUUCUUUUUUUCACAUGUUUCCUUACUCUUUGAUGUUUUCAGAGAUGUGAAGAAGCAGACUUCAAAAGAGGUAGAACUCAAAUUUGGUACACCGUACAUGUUAACAGCUUUGUUUAAAGAACACGAAGGGAAAGAUCACGUCAGUGUUGGUGUGAAAUAUCCCAGUGGAGAUGUAGAAAAACCCAUGACAGGAAAAUAUCUUUAUAUAAGUAAGAUUGCGUGUUAGUUUUUUCUAUUUUUAAGAUGCGCUUUAAGGUGGAAUAAUUUCUCAGUAUGCCAAUGAGCCAUUUCCAGAUAUUAGAACUGUAACUCAUGUUUGUCGAACUAUAUUCCAUUUUCCUCUUAUUAAAGGGCUCCCAGCUACACCAAAAGAGGACAAACCAGGUAUGUAGGAAGCUUGAUAUAUUACCUUUUAUAAUACAUUAAACUUACAGUAGUAUGUAACUUAAUUCCAUAUUCCACAUAAAUAUACAGUACGAUUGACCCACGAUAUUUAAUCGCUGUGUGAAGCCGGUUAUGACUACAUAGACAGGAUUAGUUCUUUACUUGAGCUAUACCCUUACCAAAAAAUCCCUCGCGAAAUUCAUAAUGUCUUUUUAAAAUUUUAUUUUUCAAUUAAAAGCUACAAAACCUGCGACAGGAAGUCUACCUGCAGGACCAGGAGAAUUGAAAGGUAAAAUAUUUUAUGUUCAUAUAGAAAUUAUGAUCUCCUGAAUGCACUAUGCAGCACUAUAGGCUUCUUCCCAGGGCCUUUUUUAACAUACAAGGGCAGGGAGCACAGGGCAGGGAGGACAGUUUGGAAUUGAUAAAGCUUGGAUAUGGCUUGGAUUGGAUAUGCAAGACAUGGCCCUUCAGAGGCCUCUAGGGAGAACAGUUUAGAGAAACUGAGUGGUAGUUUAACAUGAACCCUAUGUUGAGGUUCUUCUCAAGUCUCUCAUUCAUUUACAGUUCAAGUGGUUAUCAACUGGAAAGUCAUCCCUGGUUCUCUCGCUGAGAUCAAAGCUGGCGCAAAGGACGUUGCCUGGGGUCGUGAUGGUCAAGACAGGGUGUACGCUAUAGUGAACGGAAAGUUCGAAUAUGUUGCAGAUGCGCGUAAGAUCAUAUCCAUCAGCGUUGGAGGUUCUGAAGUGUGGGCUGUAGAUAGCAAGGGCAAUGUACUUUACCGUGAGGGGAUUACUGCCUCUGAACCCAAGGGAACAAGCUGGAGUGUGAUUGAUAAAAUUCCGUUGGAGAAUGAUGCUGCUGUUCAAAUCGACGUUAGUGGUAAAGGACGAGUAUGUGUGGUGACUAAAAACCAUCUCAUAUUAUGCCGUGGUGGUGUGAACACUCUGAACCCCAAAGGCUUUGGUUGGCAUACUAAAAUGGGUAAACUCAAACAGCUCUCUUGUGGAGGGCUUGGGUGUUGGGGAAUUGGCCAAACUGGCACUAGAGUUUGGUUCCGGGUCAGUCUCGAACAGACAAGCACUAGUGAUGUUAAAUGGGAAAUGAUUAAAGAUGCUGUAUUAACAACUGUCAAGGCUGGUGAUGAUGGCAGCGUGUGGGGUAUCAAUGCAAAUGGAUACCUCUUCGAAAGACAAGGUGUGUCUGCAGCAACCCCUCAAGGAAAGAGUUGGGUGAGAGUAGCGCUGAGUAAGCAGUUUCAAGAUAUUUCGAUUGCUGAUGGUGUCCUAUUUGGGGUAGCCAACACUGGAGCUAUUUACCAAUGUAAGUGA